AUGUCGAGUCAAAACUCUACAGUCUUGUUAAAUAGGUUGUUUUCUUUGAAAGAAAACUCUCCUUUUAUAUUAGUUUUGGAUUCAUUAAUUCAAUCUUCAUACAAUAUUCUUCGAGAGUUCGCAUAUAAAUGUUCUAAUAACAAAAUUAUAUAUAUUUCAUUCGAAACUUUGAACAAGCCUUCUUUUGCUAGUUCAUUCAUAGAAUGUUCAGGGCUUUCAGCAGCUGAAGUCGGUAAAAAGAUCAAAUCAGAAAUUUCGGGGGCUGGAGAAACAACAUCAGGCAAAUGCUUAGUGAUAGUCGAUUCAUUGAAUUAUAUUCCAAACGAUGAACUAGCCCAUUUUAUAUCUAGUACUAUUCUGCCAAAUGUCAGUUUAGUUGGCGUUUUCCAUACGAAUUUACCGCAGCCUUAUAGCAACGUUAUGAAUUAUCCAUCUUCAUUAAGUUUAUUAUCAUAUAUCGCCAGUUCGAUCUUUGAAAUAGAACCAUUCUAUCAAGAUAAGAUUGACGAGGAGACACUAGAUAAUAAAAUAGGCAAGUUGCAAUUCCCAAUAAAUUGUUCUUUAAACAGUACAACUUACAAGCUCACGCUAACCAACAGAAGAAAAUCAGGUAGAUCGUUGGUUUACCAAUUUAUGGUGAAUUCGAUAACUCACACGUAUGAUGUAUUCAAGGAGGCUAAGGAGGAAGCUGUUGACCCCGAAGAUGAAAGUAUGUUGAAAGAUUUAACUACAUUUAAUUUGACUACUAGCUCUAAACAAAAGCUUGCCAGAGAGCAAGUUGAGCUUCCAUUCAUGGAAGCACAAGAAGCAAUGGGUUCGUUGGGAGGAGCUAUUGUCUAUGAAUUUGAAAAAGAUGAUGAUUACGAUGAGGAGGAUCCUUAUGAAGAUCCGUUCUGA